GGGGAUGCGGUGCUCGCAGUGUUGGCACUUGUGCUGUGUCCCACACAUCUCAGCAGCUGUGGGAGCCCAGGAAGAAAAGCAAAGAAAAGGAUCACCCACUGGGGCAUGGGGAGCAUCCAGCAUUAGAUCCAGGUCCUAUAUCCUCUCCUCCCUCUGGAUGAAUGGCAAAGGGAUAGGCAAGCUUCCCACCGUGAUGCAGCAGCAAAGGGCUUUGGAUUCUGUGACAUCACUGUCCCCUGCCUGCAUCUCAGCCACACACCGUCCUGUCUGCAGUGCCUCAUCCACAGAGGGAAAACACCCCAAAGGGGCUUUUCACCUUUCCUUUCCCUUCAAAGCACUUUUCCCAUUAGAACCCCUGAUGCGGAGUCAUCGCUCUGCCCACAGCUCCAGUUUCACCAGAGAGUCCUGCCAUUACCAUUUGCUGGUGACUGCCAUCAGCCCCGAUUUACAAGCAUGCCACAGAUAGAAUGAGGCACACAGGGACGUGACCACAGACACAGAGAGCACCGACGUCUGUGGUAGAGCGCAUCUGCCACCAAACCCAUCCCAACCCCACGGCGCAGCAUCACCUGAUUUUCUGCCUCAGUUUCCCCACUGAUAUGGGGAAGAUUUGCCUUUUCAAGGUGAAGCCCAUCAGGAGGUGCUCAGGGAGGACAGAUGUGAAUACAGCUGAAAGCAGGAAGGUGCCCACAGGCUGAAGGCUGGGGCAGAACUGUGAGGUCCCCUCUUGGUUCCACAGCACCAAAAUGCCCGAGCGCAGCGGGUGGCACAGGAUGGGAAGGGGACACACAGCUUUGCUCCUUGUGCAGCCGCCUGCUGAAGAGGAAGGGAAGAGCCAGCAGCGUCCUAAUGUAUGAUUCCCUUCAUAAUUAGAGCUCUCCGCCUCCUGCGGCACUAAUUAAAAGGCAGUGUGGUGCUCAGAGAGGCCCAGGCCGGACGUGCCCAGCUGUGCAAGCACCCAGCACUCUCUGGUCCCUUCUGUCCCCUGCGUCACCCUGCAGCGUGCCCUGAGAUGGGGACACUGGAGUCCCCCAGCAUGGCACAAUGAUACACCGGUGCCCCAGUGCAUCUCUAGUGGCCGUGUCCACCCUGUGCAGGAGGAGGAGGCAGACGUGGCUGCAGGGCCAUUGCCUCAUCCUCUGCUGCCCUGCAGUGCUGCAGCCGAUACCACCUCCCGGAAAACAAAACCUGUGGGUGUGUGGUGACCUUCGUUGCCACUCCCAGUGCCAGAUGGUGCAUCUUUCCAUCACGUGCAGGAUAUAUCUCAGCCACAGCGGCAAACAUCCCAGGUCAUUGCUGUGGUCAUGGACAUGUUCACUGAUGUCGACAUCUUCAAGGACCUCCUGGAUGCGGGCUUCAAGAGGAAAGUGGGGGUCUACAUCAUUUUGGAUGAGACCAAUGUGAAGCACUUCCUCCAGAUGUGUGAGCGAGCGCAAAUGCACACCGGGCACAUGAAGAACCUCCGAGUCCGCAGCACGGGGGGGACGGAGUUCUUCACGCGCUCAGCCACCAAGUUCAAAGGGGCUUUGGCCCAGAAGUUCAUGUUUGUGGAUGGAGACCGGGCCAUGUGCGGAUCCUACAGCUUCACCUGGUCUGCAGCAAGGACAGAUCGGAAUGUCAUCACUGUGCUCUCAGGCCAAGUGGUGGAGGCGUUUGACAAGCAGUUCCAGGAGCUGUACCUCAUGUCCAAAGGGGUGAGCCUCAAGUCCAUCUCCAUGGGCAUGGAGCCCGAACCAGAGCCUGUAACGCUGCCCUCCGUUGUGCCGGUGACCCCUGCCAACGCCAUGGUGAAGAAGCUGAUAAACCCCAAAUAUGCCCUGGUGAAGGCCAAGAGUGCAGACCAGAUCAGCAAGACUUCAUCCGAGAACCAGGACAAAACACAGAAGGUGGAAAACAAAGGCAAAGGGCUGCACGAGGGCCAGGCGGGAGACAGGCACGGCGAGGCGGCUGACCUCUCCCUGCUCAUCCACCCCGGCCUCCUGAACCUGGAGAAAGCCAACAUGUUUGACUACCUGCCCACCUGGGUUGAGCCUGACCCGGAGCCUGGGAGUGAAGUCUUGGGCUACAUCAAUAUCAUUGACCCCAAGAUAAAGAAUGUGAAGCUCUCACAAAUGAACCGCAUCAAAGUCUGCGACAUCUCCCAGGCCAGCGCCCAGCACCGGCAGAUGCUGAAGAACAGGGAGCUGGAAGCCAAGAAGAUCUCAACCCAAGAGCCACCUCUGGUGUCCCCCUGCCAGAGGCAGACCCCGCAGGUCCCCACAGAAGCUCCUGUGGUACCGGCCACCAGCCCCAUUGAAGGCAAUGGUUGGCUGACAAAGCAAGUGGGAACAUCAGCCACUCAACCACUGAGCCACCACUUGAAGCCACCUGAGGAGACACCUGAGGAAGCCAAGCCCCCGGUUCCAAAGCCAAGGACUGUCCCUGUUGGUGGCCUUGCAACCAAAGCCACCACACCAUGUGACAGCAGCAGUGCCCCAGAGGGUGACACGCAGCCACCUCUGGCUGACCAUGUGGAUGCGAGGCAGGAACCAAAGGAGAGCCCCAACACAGCUUCACCGAACAGCUGCCACCUCCCAGCAGUGGGGACGCAGGAGGACAAGGGGCCUCCCUGUGCCCACAAUGGGCUGGGAGAGGAGGAGGAGGAGGAGGAGGAGGAGUACAUCACUCUCAGUGACCAGGAGAGCUGCUCCAGCAGCUCUGCUGACCACAGCUACCGCCGCUCCAACGCUUCCUCCAUUUCGGAUGAGUACUUUGAGGUGAGGGAACGCUAUGGGCCGCUGCGGCGAACCAACUCGGAUGUCACUCACAAUGGGGAGUUUGUGCCCAUCCAGAGGAAGCUCAGCGACCCCCACAUCAGUCGAGGAACCUUCCUCAGCCCCCUGGGGAGCCUCCCAUCCCUCAAGCACAUCCGUGUGGAGGACAUGGCCAAGAGGAGGAGCAAUGCUGUGGAGAUCAGGUGUGUUCUGCCCCGCACCAUCUUGGAUGGCAACGGCUCCUACCCCACCAGUGCCACACAGGGGACGCACAUCUACCGCUACCGCCCCAGGAACCUCACAGGCAAGGAGCAAGGCAAGGAGCCUUCCUGCUCCCCACCAUGUGAGAAACCCCCUGGGGCCAGCAAGCACCGAAGGGACAGCACCGAGCCCAAAAAGACCAUUGCAGGCAGCCAGCCCUACUGGCAGGGCAAAGCCUUCAGCCCCAGCAAGCCCAGAGCAGUGAGCAAAGCCCUGAGCUCCCUGCCCGAGAGCCAGAAGGCAGCCGAGGAGAUGAGGACACCGCUCGGCAUCCCGCUCUCCAAACUGUCCCAGUCCAAGCACCUCAAGAACAAAGUCACGGCAGCUCCAGGUGCUACCGACUCCAAGAAGAAGCCCCCCGAGCCCACCAGCCAGAAGGAGCAGUAGGGGUGGAUGCAGUUGGAUGGACUGCAGGCGAUGCUCUGCCACGCGGGGCAGGGGAAUCUUGUUUACAUUUACCUGGUCAGUGCACCAGUACCACGUGGCCAUGAUGGACAGCCCAAACGUCAUCCCUGUCCAGGGCAGAUCUCCAGAGAUUGGGUCUCGGAAGAGGUGCAUGGCAUCCGCUCUGGGCAGGUGGCAGGUCGUGUUGGGAACGAUCUUGGACGGCACAGCUUUUAGAUAGGCCUCUUCCAGGUUGGAGUAACCUCCGAUUGCAUUAAAAGCUGGAAGGCACCAUGGGGGGAGGCUGGUUGGAGGCCGUCUGGUUACCUCCAGUAUCAACCAGAACUCGUUACUGCUGCCCCCUCCUUGACCCCCUUCCCACAGAGGGAGGUUCACGCGCAUGAUUAUUUUAUUUUAGUUAUUUAAGAGACUCUUCUAUCACCAUUUUGCACAGCAUGUCCCAUUGCAGCCCGCCCUCCUUCGGGAGGGUGACCCACGUCUGGGACAAAAGGGACCCACGCCUCUUUUGACUUCGUACUGUAAAAGCAAGCUAUUAUUAAAGCUCCCUGCUCCUAGAGUAUGGGAAACGCACCUAGAACCAUUAAAAUUGAAGAUUAGGUACCUUU